AUUCCAUCCAACUGCGCAGGAGGAGCACACGUUGAUUCCAAUUGAAGUUGACGACAGGAUACCUACCAGGCUAUCCUGCUGCCUAAAAUUGAGCAAACAGCCAAAUUUACCACAAAGCUAGCCCCGAAGCCGCACACCAGUCCCCCCAAUCCCAUCACCGCCCUCUAGAUUCUUUUUCUUACUCUUGCACUCAAGUUCUCAGAUCCUGCAAACCGAGAUCCCAGAGACUGAAACCUCAAAGCUCAACAACAUUGCCUCAAGUGUCUCCAUCUCUUAUCACCGGAUUGAUCGAUUAGUAAGUUAGAUUCAUCGUAGCGGAAAUUUCAUCUACAUUGCUUAGUUCUUCACUGAAAAUUUAUCAGUUUGUUGGAGUUCAAGUUGCUGAAACAGGAAUAUGUCGGGAGAAGAGAGGUGGUGCGUAGUCACUGGAGGUAGGGGUUUCGCAGCAAGGCAUUUGGUGGAAAUGCUGAUCCGAUACGACAUGUUUUUAGUUCGAAUUGCUGAUUUGGAUCCCGCCAUUCAACUAAGUGCGGAAGAAGAGAGUGGAGCCCUUGGUGAAGCCUUGAAAUCUGGUCGCGCUAAAUAUGUGUCUGCGGAUCUCCGCGAUAAGGCUCAAGUUCUCAAAGCUAUUGAGGGAGCUGAGGUUGUGUUCCACACGGCGGCCCCUAAUUCUUCAGUUAAUAACUUCCAGCUCCACUAUUCCGUCAACGUUCGAGGGACAAAGAAUGUCAUUGAUGCUUGUGUUGAGCUAAAAGUGAAGAGGCUUAUCUACACUAGCUCGGCUAGUGUGGUUUUUGAUGGGACUCAUGGGAUUUUUAACGGAGAUGAAUCCUUGCCUUAUCCAGAUAAGCCACUUGAUUCAUAUACAGCAACUAAAUCUGAAGGUGAGGCCGCAAUAAUUAAGGCAAAUGGUGCUAAUGGGCUUCGAACGUGUAGCUUACGUCCUAGCAGCAUAUUUGGCCCUGGAGAUAGGUUGUUUGUUCCAUCUUUGGUUGCUGCAGCAAGGGCUGGGAAAUCCAAGUUCAUAAUAGGUGAUGGCAAUAACAUUUAUGAUUUCACAUAUGUCGAAAAUGUGGCACAUGCACAUAUAUGUGCUGAAAGAGCUCUAGCAUCAGGAGGAGAGGUUGCAGAGAAAGCUGCUGGGCAGGCUUAUUUUAUAACUAACAUGGAGCCCAUUAAGUUCUGGGAGUUUACAUCACUUGUGCUGGGAGGUCUUGGCUACGAGAGGCCAAGGAUAAAGAUCCCUGCUUUUGCUAUGAUGCCAUUAGCACAUGUAGUGGAGCGGACAUAUGAGCUAUUGGGCCCAUAUGGGAUGAAGGUCCCACAGUUGAUACCUUCAAGAAUUCAACUGCUUUCUUGUAGCAGAUCAUUUAGUUGUUCAAAAGCAAAGGAACGACUUGGCUACACGCCCAUCGUAUCACUUGAGGAAGGUUUGAAAAGGACUUUAGAGUCGUUUUCACACUUGAGGGCCGGAAAUCAACCAAAAAGAGAAGGGCCAUCUAAGGCUCACAGAUAUCUUGGAAGUGGAAGGGUUGCUGACACACUACUUUGGAAGGAUAAAAGGCAGACACUGAUGACCUUGUUAAUUCUCAUUGCAAUUUACUACAACUUUGUUGCAUCUCAGUCUACCAUCAUUACUGCACUCUCAAAGCUUUUGUUGGUUGUAUCAAUCUUCCUGUUUGUCCAUGGAAAUUUGCCAGAGAGAAUAUUUGGAUAUACAAUUGAAAAAAUCCCCAUGUCAUAUUUUCACUUGUCAGAAGAUAAGUCUCACCAAGUUGCUCUCUCAGUGGCUUCAUCAUGGAAUGCUUCUGUUAAUGUCUUAAGAUCUCUUUGCAAGGGGAAUGACUGGAUGCUGUUCCUCAAGGUUGUUCUGUUGCUCCUGAUUCUUAGCUUCGUUGGAGCCAUUACAUUUCAGAGUUUAUUUAUUAUAGGACUUCCUGUUGCUUUUGUGGCAUUUUCUAUUUACGAGAAACACGAACAAGCAAUUGAUUCUAAGAUUUUUGAUGCUGUAUCUUUUGGGUGCAAACUGAAAUCUAAUAUAUCAAAAAAGGUUCUUGGAGCUAAAAAGAAUGACUGAGGGCUGGCUGGCUUCCCAAUUCUUUUUUCCUAACAAAGCAUUUCUAAUAUAUUCUCCAAUAUUUGAGGAAGCCCUUUGCAAAAGAGUUCCAUUGUUUGCAAUGUGGGAUUUCCUAUGCAAUCCCGCGUGUAUUAGCAGUUGGAUGUGAACAGGGUUGUGUUAGAAUUUGAUUGUUCGGAGAUCAUUCCUAUUUUAAGGGCCAGGUGAAGAUUCCUUAAUUUGCAGGCUACUUGUGAUGCCAUUUUGAGUGUUUUUUGCUGUUGGAUUGGACUGUCAGAUUCUCUCGUGUCUUUUUGGGAUUUUAAUGGUUGUGCUGACUGGUUAGCGUUCUAUGCUUCCUGCCUCCUAUGGGUUUGCAUACAGUUCUCUUCCUCAGGAUAUUCUCCCAUUGCUUGCUUGCUGAUAGUGGUCUAGCUGGGGUCUCUUACCAUAUACUAUAGUUUUGUGUUUUCUCUUCGGAUAUAUACAAAUCCCCUUGUAGAAAUUAAUUUUCUAACUUCUGUUUGCCAAUUUGAAUGUUGGUUAAUAAC